GCUAUAAUGUGAACAACAUGAAAAAUAUUUUUAUAAAUAUAUAAAAAAUACUGGGACGUUUCAGCAAUUAUAUUACUAUUAAUUUCUGUAAAUAGUGUCGUUGUGAUUAACUUUUUGUGUCGUGAAUAAACAUUCUUUAAUAUUUGUGUUUGUUCAUUUGAUUAUUAUGAUAAUUUCGGGAGUUUUUACUUGUGUCAUAUGAGGAAGGAUUUUUAUUAUUAAAAAUAGAUUUAGUACUAUCAUAGAUAAAGGACUAUCUAAUUAAUGGAAAAAUGCAUAAAAACUCCUUUCAGUCCCCUUCUCAGAAUUUUAUUACCUUUCAAAAAAUGAGAGAAAAAAUUUAUUUCAAUAAUUUUUUCUACGUUUUAUUGCAGGAGGAUAACAAGAAUACAAAUAUACAAGCUGAAAUUUUCAACUGUUGAAUUAUAAUAAUUAUGGGACGACACGAGACGAACGUGGUGAACAAUAAAAAAGUAAAUGGGCCUAACGCUGAGAUAGUAAAUGAACAAGAUUGUUUUCCUGGUAUUAUAUCGUAUGAUUCUACCACAUUUGGCUCAAGUGAAGUGCGGACAAGUAUGAGUAAUUUUAGUGAUAGUGAAUUGGAGGCAAAAUUUCAAGCCUAUGUCGUUAAGAAACGAGAAUUAUUUGCCCGUGGAUUUCCCGAAAUUGACAAGGACAAUCUUAAUUAUGCUCGAGUUUAUGUUGGAAAAUAUGGAUAUAUAAAAAAAUGUUAUUCACAAAAUCCAAAUUUCAAAUUAAGCGAGACAGAGGUAUUGCGAAAAUGUGCAAGAUGCUCGAGUUUUUUCCCAAUGGAUUCACGUACCGGCGAUUAUUUACAUGGUGGCGAGCCAUGUUAUGUACAUCCGGGUAAAUUAUUAAUGGGUGUAUGGCAAUGUUGCGGCAGUGAUGCAUACGAGAGGCAAUUUUGUACAAUUUUUCCAAUGCACGUGUGGAGUGGAUUCACUGAUGGUGUCAAUGAAUCGUUACUUGGUUACGUGGAAACAAUACCAUUGGGUGAUUUGGCAUUUGAAAAAACUCGCUACGGUGUUUAUGCUCUCGAUUGUGAAAUGGCAUUCACAAAACGUGGAAUGGAAGUCAUUAAAAUAUCAGUGGUAAGAAUGAAUGGCACUGCUGUGUAUGAUCAUUUUGUUAAGCCCGGCGACGAAAUAGUAGACUAUGGCACCGAAAUUCAUGGUAUUACUGAGGAAGAAAUUUUAACAGCAACAAAAACAUUGGGCGAUGUACAAAAUGAUUUAAGAAAAUUUAUUCACGCUGAAUCAUUGUUAAUUGGUCAUGGUGUUUAUAAUGAUCUUCGAAUUUUACGUUUUAUUCAUAAACGCGUUAUUGAUACUUCCCUUGUAUUUCAACACGAAAGGGGGCCACAAUUUUGUUAUAGUCUUAAAUCAUUGUCGAAAUUAAUAUUAAAAAAAGAUAUUCGCGCUCCUGGUGAAUUUCAUGAUUCAGUUCAAGACGCAACAUUAGCUAUGGAUAUAAUGUUACGUAAAUUACAACAGGACGUUGACGCUCGCAGAAGAAAGCUUAAUUUAAAUGCUAGUUAAUAUUUGUAAAAUAUAGAAAUUUAAACAAAAAUUAUUUAAUUUAUAGACAUUAUUGAGAAUUAAAUAAAAUUCUUGUAAAUAUAUAUUGUAAAUAUAGAAAAGUACAAUAUAGUAUAUUGUAAUAUAGAUUUAGAAUCAUGAAAUUUACAAUGAUUUUAUACAUUAACGUUAUUAAUAUUAUAAACUUUGAUUAUGUAAAUAAAUGAAUAGAAUUUUAAUUUAUAAAACAAUUGUAUGAACUUUGAAAAGAAAUUUUAGAAUGUUAAAUCAUUGUAAAUAUCUUGUUAUGACAUUGCAAGUAAUAGAAACGAAUUUUCUACACAAAAUAUAAUAAUUAUAUAAAAGAUAUAUUCGAUUUACGAGCAUAUUUAUGUUUCACAUGAUUAGAAUAAUAAACUUUUUUUUUAAAAUGAUUUUGUCAAACUUGAAACUCAAAUAUUCGCGUGAAUUUCAGAAUUAUAAUGUCUAUAUUUUGCAA